CGCGCCUUCCCCCGCCCGCGCACGCGGGCUGGAGCGGAGUGACUCUUACGGCGGCGGGACUCGGUACUUCCGCGGCGCUACAUAAAAGGCCGGGGGACGGUCGGGGAAAGAAGUCGAAGCGGCGAACCAGUAACGCGCCGGGUGCGUGGCCCUCUUCAGCUGCAUCAGCUGCCGCCGCUUCUCUUCCCCGCGUCCUUCCUCCGUGAGACUUUCUCUCGCCGCCGCCGCCGCUUCUCUCCCGUGCCUUCGUCCUCCUCUUGGGCUGCGAUGCCUCCCGAUCUCAGCGGCUACUAUCGCUUCGUGUCUCAGGAGAAUAUGGAGAAUUAUCUCCGUGCCUUGGAUAUCAAUGUUGCUCUGAGGAAGCUGGUUUGUCUACUGAAGCCGGACAAAGAGAUCGUCCACACUGGUAACCAUAUGACUAUUCGCACCUUAACCUCUCUGCGAAACUACGUCAUGGACUUUGACCUUGGGGUUGAGUUUGAAGAGGAUCUGGGACCCGUGGAUGGACGCAAGUGCCAGACAACCGUUUCCUGGGAUGGAGAUCAGCUGGUGUGCGAACAGCGAGGAGAGAAACCAAAUCGGGGCUGGAGGCACUGGUUAGAAGGGGAUAAACUGCAUCUGCGCAUGACAGCAGAGGACGAGGUUUGUGUCCAGGUUUUCCAGAAAGUGAAGUGACCUCAAACAUCAUGCUGGUGUGACGUGCUAACUUCUGGAUGGACCUGGUACUGGAGACCAAACCAGAUGCACAAUCAAGCAAACUGUUCAUAUAUUUUCCUAACCUUUCAUCUUUGGAUUAAAACAAUGCUGAUGACCAUGCAUGUGUGUUUUUUACUGAUGAAUGAGACAUAUAAGCAGUAUGCUUCCAAUCAUCUUCCUACUUUCCAGAUUAAAACUUCCAUGCUUA